GUCCGUGCUCAUCCAACACGCGACGCCCAGCCACCCCGCGCCUCCCGCCUCGACACUCGAGCCACCUUCUCCGUCGACAAUACCCCCCUCCUCACUACUCGUCUCAAUCCGCUCACUCCGUUCUCCUCCAACACGCUCUCUACUUCCCGCGUCGUCUCUUCGCCGGUCCUCCUCAGACGCCUCCGUGGCUCCCCCUCCUUCUCCCCUCUGCGCCUCCCCUUUCCUUUACUCCCACAUCCGCCAACCUCGCGCCCACCAUGUCCACCGCCGACCCAUCCAACCCCAUUACCAGCGUCAACCCCAUUACCUCGGUGUCUCCCGGGUACCAGGCGCCGGGGAUCUACACGAACCAGGCGUUGCUGACGCGCCUGAACCUCGACCUCCGGGGGCGCAUGUUCCCCGUUGAGCGCGAGACCCUUAUGCUCCUGCCCGAGAGCGUGCUCCUCGGCCUCUUUCCCCAGGGCCUGAUUCUGUCAAAGCCUGCGUCUUGGGAUGGUGGGGAUGACGGCGUCUUCACCGUUGACUUCGACCCGGACUGCUUCCAGUACAUCCUUGAUUUCUGGGCAGACGCGCAGGCCUCGUUCUACGGCACGCCCACCUCGCCUGGCCUCUUCCACGCGCAGCAGAACAUUCCCUCAUCGCCCAGCGACCCAAACUCGGACGUGAACCAGAACCCACUCCUCACGAAGCAAGCAAUCAUUGUACUCCGCGAAGAGCUCGAGUACUUUAGCAUCACGAAGCCGGGCGCUCUCGCGCGCGUUGACGCACAUGAGCAGGCGAACGACGAGCUGCGCGCACUCAAGCGUGCCGCAGGCGAGGCGCUCGCGUCCAAGCGCCAGAUCUUUACCGCUCUCCAGCGCAACGUCAACAAGGAGAACAACCAGGCCGAGCAGCACCUGAUCGACAUGUUGUGCAUGAGCGGCUUCAACCGCGACGACGAGUGGGGUUACCGUGCAUGCGAGCCCACGCGUAAUGUCAUCAGCUCGAUGGCGCUGGUUUUGCUGAAGACGGGUAUCAUUCACCCUGGCCAGCCCGGCGCUCCCGCCGACAUCACCACGCCCAUAAUCGACGACAAGCAGAUGGGCACUGCGCAGAAGCUUCUCUUGUUCUGGCGCAAGCCUGCGCGCAAGUGCUGGUGGGACGGCGUCGAGGUCGAGGUCCCCGAGUCGACGAUGUCGGACAAGACGAUGCCAGUCAAGGUCUGGGCGCGGCGUGUGUGGACCCUCGAGUUGUCUCUUAUCUAGGCGUGUUGUAAUGUGUAUAUCUGGCCUAAUCCGUCUCGUCGCCAUGCAUCGUUUGAUACCCGGCGGUGUGGGGGUGUAGUCUGCGG